CAACAUAUGGUGGAGGCUGAUUUCAAACCUCACGCUUCACUUUAGCUCUCCCAGAUGUUUUAAAACCUGCUCAAGUAUUUACAGUAUUCCAUAAGUGGAGUUAUUCAAUUUAUUUAUAUUUUGCAAAGAUUUUUUUAUCAAUAAUUUUCAUGGUGAACUUGGAGAAAGUUCAGCUCAGCCGGCGUGAAAAUGCUUCGGACUCGCUUGAAGUUUUGGGGCUGUUGGAUCAUGAGGAGGACGAAUACUUGAGCACACAGUGUGAGUGUGAAAUCGACUCAACAGUUUUAAACUGUCACAGUCGGAAAGACAGCAGACGCACGAGACACAAAACACAAGCCAAGAGAAAAUUAAUCAUCACAUCACUCGUGUGUCUGAUCUUCAUGAUCGGUGAAGUCAUUGGUGGUUAUGCUGCUCACAGUCUGGCUAUAAUGACAGACGCUGCUCAUCUUCUCACUGAUCUCUGCAGUAUUUUAUUAAGUCUCUUCUCACUGUGGAUCUCCUCCAGACCCUCAACCAAACGUCUGACCUUUGGUUGGCAUCGAUCAGAGGUUCUAGGUGCACUGUUGUCUGUUGUGUCUAUCUGGGCGGUGACGAUAGUUCUCGUUCUAUUGGCUGUUCAGAGGAUCAUCAGUGAUGAUUAUGACAUAGAUAGUGAUGUCAUGCUUAUCACAGCUGGAUGUGCUGUAAUACUGAACAUCUUAUUGGUUUUAAUUCUCCAUCAGUCUCACAGUCAUUCUCAUGGUUUGACAGAAGAACACAGAAACACGAGCGUGAGAGCUGCAUUCAUACACACUCUCGGAGAUCUGCUUCAGAGUUUUGGUGUCCUCAUGGCUGCCACCAUCAUUUACUUUCAGCCUGAAUGGAAAAUAGCAGAUCCGGUAUGCACGUUUCUCUUCUCAUUAUUUGUACUUGGGACGACGUUCACCAUUCUGAAAGAUAUCUUCCACACACUCAUGGAAGGAGUCCCUCCUGGCGUUGACAUCAACUCCAUCAAAGAUCUUUUGUUAUCGGUUGGAGGCGUCAAAUCCACGCACGAUCUGCACGUGUGGUCACUCACCUCGAGUGAAACCCAGCUUUCUGUGCAUGCUGUCAUAGAUGAGCAAACAGACCCACAGACGGUACUGAUGGACAUGACCAAACUACUCCGGUCGAAAUACGGAUUCGACAAUAUCACCAUUCAAACAGAAACAUACAGAGAUGACCGGAGUUAUUGCUCGCAGUGCCAUGACCUAAAAGACUGACAGAAGUUCGGUUUGACUUUAUGUGAAUACAAUAAAUACGAAAUAAUGACGAAGACAAAAAUUAAUUAUUUCAUUCCAAAACUGUUUCGAAAAAAACUAAUUCUUCUACCGAACACAAAAGAAGAUAUUUUGAAGAAUAGUGAUAGCCAAACAUCAUUGAACCCCAUUUAAUUCAAUUAUAUGAACACAAAACCACUGAGAUAUUUC